AUGACUCCGUUGCUCUUCUUCUUCUUCUUCUUGUUUGACGCCACAACCGGCUCCCUGGUCGAGGAGACCUGUAGGAAAUCCUCAUCGACGAAUCCAAACAUCAAAUACGAAUUCUGCGUUACAUCUCUGGAAUCGGACUCAAGUAGCCACGGCGCCAAAAAUCUCCAGCAACUCGGCGGAAUCGCCAUUAAAUUAUAUCAGCAGAACGUGACGAGUACGGCGUCUUAUGUCAACGGGCUAUUGAAGAAGUCGUCGGAUCCUUCCCUGAAGGCAGGUCUGCGAGAUUGUCUCGAACUUUAUUCCGAUGCAAUCCCUACUCUGAAAGAGGCCGCCGAAUAUUACAGCAACGGACGCUACGACGAUGCGAAUAUUAAAUUGAGCUCGGUGAUGGACGCCUCGACGACUUGCGAAGAUGGUUUCAAAGAAAAACCAGGUGUCGUCUCGCCGCUCACCGGUAGAAACAACGAUGCGUUUCAGCUGGCUGCCAUAUCUCUUUCUAUUAUGAAUUUGGUUAAACAAUGA